AUGACAGCUAGAGUGAAGGGAACCAGGGGAACGCUGCCCCUUGGCAGCGAGAGGGAGGAACCAAGGAAAGAAGCACAGAAAACUGUGCAGAAACCAGGAGGUCAGAGAGGGAUUGACAGAGGCAGCGGUUCGACGGUUGGUGCUCUGCUGCUAAACCUAAACUCCAUCAACACCGGAAAUGCAUGGAAAGGGAUGGACGUCCUGAUCUUCAACUCUUGGCAUUGGUGGACCCACACCGGCAAGUCUCAGCCAUUUGAUUAUUUUCGUGAUGGGACAAAACCGUACAAAGACAUGGAUCGUUUGACAGCAUAUUACAAGGGGCUUUCCACAUGGGCUAGAUGGGUUGAUUCAAAUGUUGAUACUUCAAGAACCAAAGUCUUCUUCCAGGGCAUUUCUCCAACACAUUAUCAGGGAAAAGAAUGUAAUUCGCCAAAGAAGACUUGCUCAGGAGAACUUGGACCGUUGUCAGGAUCAACCUACCCAGCAGGGGCACCUCCAUCUGCUGUUGUUGUCUACAAGGUGCUAAGCACGAUUAAGAACCCGGUUUACUUGCUCGACAUUACAACGCUCUCGCAGUUGAGAAAUGAUGCUCAUCCCUCAACUUAUAGUGGCGAUCAUUCGGGCAAUAACUGCAGCCACUGGUGCCUGCCCAGGUUGCCUGAUACCUGGAACCAACUCCUAUAUGCAGCUCUCCAUUUCUUUCUCACUACCGCCCUCGUGAAUCUUUCCUCCCUCAAAACCCUCGUGAGCCUCACCCAGCUCGAACUCAACAACCUCUCCGUCGCCAAAGACGUCGGCAAAGCCUUCGGCCUCCUCGCCGGCCUCGCCUCUGACAAACUACCCACCUGGGUUAUCCUCAUCAUCGGCUCCGUCGAGGGCCUGGUCGGCUACGGCGCCCAGUGGCUCGUCGUCAGUGAAAGGAUCAAACCCCUCUCCUACUGGCAGAUGUGUAUAUUUCUCUGCAUGGGCGGCAACAGCACGAUGUGGAUGAACACGGCGAUACUUGUCACCUGCAUCCGAAACUUCGGGCGAAACAGGGGACCCGUUUCAGGGAUUCUGAAGGGCUACGUGGGUCUCAGCACCGCCAUCUUCACUGACCCCCAGGCCGAGCUGGUGUUGCCCGCCGUGCAGGGUACCUUCAAUAUGCUCCAAGCCGCUUCGUCGUCCUCAUCUCCUCAAUCUAAUGCCUGCAGGUCCAGUCUUCGAUCCCUCACUCUUUAA